CAUCGAUCUGCCUUAACAUCGGGAAUAAUUGUCGUACGGGCUUGAAGAUCCUUAUGUGCUUCAUAAUCCUUGGAAUGAUGGGACAUGCCCAUGGACAAGCGAACAACACCAGUGCCGACGGGGCAGCGUGGACCGAAGGAGCGACCUUAACGUUCUACGGUGAUGCCAACGGUGGAGGCACGUUAGUUGGAGCGUGCGGGUAUGGGAAUCUAUUGGCAACCCCUUGCAAGCUGAUGAUUGCAGCCGGAAAUCCUCCAAUGUUCGAAGAGGGGUUCGGAUGCGGUAGGUGUUGGGAAAUCCGUUGCGUGGGCAAUCCUGGAUGCACGGCCACGGUGACUAUCACGAUGACACAUCUGUGCCCGUGUGGAUCGGACACCGUGCAUUUCGAUAUGAGCCAGCCGGCCUUCCAUGCUCUGGCCAGUGGGCCGGCAGAAGCGGAGCAGCUCGUCACAGCGGGGAAAUUGCAAGGUCAAUAUCGGAGGGUUCUGUGCGACCUCGGCCUUGGGAAAGCAUUCACGGCAAUUGUUCGUGAGGCGACAAACCCAAGUUUCUUAUCGAUUCUCAUGCGGGAUAUUCCCGGUGCCGGGGACAUCAAGACGGCGGAGUGCGCGCCAGGUGGCGGAUCGACGUUCUCUCCGAUGACUCAAGACUUCGGAGCUAUGUACAACUUCAACGGCAAAUGGACCAGCCCAGUUUCACUGGGGUUAACUCUAGGAGAUGGACAAAUUCUCACAGGUAUCAGCUGCAUUCCAGCUGCUUGGAAGCCAGCCACCACCUACACAUGCAAGUAGAAUUGAGUGAACAGCGAGACACUCAUUAGGAGGAAAGGUCAGGCUUAGAGGAGGUGCCGCCAGAUGUAUUUGGAGUCCCACAUAUUACUAAGUCACAGUCGGAAAGUGAUGCAGAUUCGCAGUUGUCGAAACCAGCGAUUACUCUGUCAAUGUCAAUUUGCAAAGUAAGUGUUGCAGACAACGACAACAAGAGGAGGAGAGGUUUAUGAAGUUGUGCCAGACUCGCAGCCAGAGGCUC